AUGAUCGAAAUUGAAAACUCCCAUGGCUCGUUUGCCCCGACGAGAAAAGGUUCUAGGGCGAGAUGGUUCAUUUGCGGGGAGGACUAUUUCGUUGCGGUCAAGGAGGCGAUAGAUUCGGCCAAGGAAGAGAUCUUCAUCGCUGGCUGGUGGUUCAUGCCCCAAAUAGAACUGAUACGGACUGAGCAGCGAGUCACGUUGGAGAAAUCCCUGAAAGAAGCGGUCCGAAGAGGCGUCAAGAUUUUUAUCCUCGUCUUCAACAGUAACUUGGAGUACAUCCUCAGAUUCACUAGAUUCUACACAGCAGUCAAAAGAAAGAACAAGAUCUACCGCGAAAACUUGAUAGAACACAUCCGCGCGCAGGUUGUUGAUCAAAGUAUGGCGCUGCUGGGAGGCAUUGACCUUUGCAUAGGAAGAUAUGGGGAGCACGGCAAAUACUCGCUUUUUGACAGCUCAGAGGAGAAAUUCAAGGGAGCUGAUUAUUUCAAUUCAUUUGAGAAUCCCGACUGGGAAAAGCCUCGAAAAGAUUUGAAAAGGAUUCCGUAUCACGACAAUGCUUGCCAAAUAUUCGGCGAAAGUGCUCGCGAUCUCGCCGCGCAUUUUAUCCAGCGCUGGAAUUUUUCGAACGAGAAAAUCAACAGUUUCUGCUGUUUUCGUUUGAAUAAUACUCCGGCGCUUCAAUUAAAAUGCAUCGAAGCAGACUACAAUAUCGAGGAAAGAUACGGUGGUCAUUUCGAUCUUGCUACGAACGUGGAAAGUAUUCAAGUUCUCCGAUCUGCUGGAGAAUCUUCAACUGGUCUGAAAGAAAAAGAAUGCUCCAUCUACAAUGCUUACUGUGAAGUUAUCAAACAUUCAAAACGAUUCAUUUACAUUGAAACGCAAUGGUUUAUUUCUGACGCUUCUUUAUCUCAAAACUCGAGCAACAGAAUACAGAAUAAGAUCGCGGCUUCGAUUGCUUCAAGAAUAAUAACCGCCUUCGAGAAGGACGAAGAUUUCAAAGUUUACAUUGUGUUGCCAGAAGUAGCUGAUUUCUAUGGUAAAUUCGAAGACCGAAACACCCCAGAACAGGAGCUUUUCUUUCAUCUCCAGCGCCACAGCCUGACAGAAGGAGUUCACUCAAUCAAGCAUCAGUUAGAUCUGUACAACUCAAAGAUGAGUUCAGAAAAUCCUGAAAAACAAAUCGUUUUCGACAAUUACAUCACUAUCGCCGCAUUUCACAAAUGGGAAAAACAUAACAAUGAGCUUUUUCACUCGCAAAUUUAUGUUCAUUCAAAACUGAUGAUCGUUGAUGACGAGAGGUGUAUAAUUGGAAGCGCAAAUAUUCAGGACAGAUGUUUUCUCGGGGACAGAGAUACUGAAACUUCUGUACUUAUCAAUGGAAAGGAGUUCUGCAAAUCCUUCCGUCUCAAAAUCUGGUCCGUGGCUCUCGGGUCCUUGAACGGCCUGGAUCUUUGCCCGAGCAAAGACGAGUUUUUCUUCGAUCAUUGGAACAAAGUUGCCAACGCCAACUCUUCCGCUCUUUGGGAAGCCUUCCGCAACUUGCCACACGAUUCCAUCAAGGAGUACCUUAACGAUAAAGACCCUUCCUGGCAAAAGUGGAAAGAAGAAUACGAACACAAACAAAAACUUCCAACAGAGCAAAAACUCGAAGCCCUCAAAGACUACCAAGGAUUUCUCGUCAAAUACCAAAUUAACUUUGCUUCGAACAACAAAGAAAUCAAAACUUCUUCAACAAGUACAGAUCUCAUUCACAAAUUCACUGAAAUGUUCCUCUAA